GCCUUCACUCCAUUUUUUAUACUUUUCAUGAUGGCGGUUCAGUGCUGGAGAAGAUAUGAGGAAUGCGUCAACACUUCCAUUUUUUCACAUUCAACUAUAAACCUCUUCCACUUCAUGACAGGAGUGUUUGUCUAUUCAACAUUUCCUUUGUCAAUUUUGACUCAGGCAAUAGCUCCAGAAAAUAAUUCAGGCUCAAUUGCGAUGCAAAUCUCCUGCCAACACAUUCUGGGCUUUUUAUUAUUCUGCAUAGCCAGUUUCACCCAACGUUCAACCCACAAAACCUUAGCAGAGCUUCGACUCGACAACAAAACAGGUAAAGUUAAAGAUUUGAACCACCACGUUCCAAAAGGAUGGAUGUUCAAACACGUUUCGUGCCCCCACUACCUCUGUGAAAUUUUUAUUUACUGCAGCUUCUGCCUCGUUGACUCAUUUGGAUCAGAAAUACUGAAUUACAUUUUUCUUUUUGUGAUUGUCAACCAAAUCGUUGCUGCCCAUAUGAACCAUACUUGGUAUAAAAAAACAUUUAAAUAUUAUCCAAAAGACAGAAAAGCUAUUAUUCCCUUUAUUUUUUGA